GCAUCUGGACCGAUGUCGAUGAUGUACAGACGUGAGAAAGGCGGCGGACGGAAUCCGGCGGCAUACUCCAGUCCAUUUCGAUUCCGCUCCGCGUUUAGUCUACCGUCGGGAUUAACGAGUAAAGGAAUUCGCACUUUCGACACGCGAGAUAAAACACCUGGAUGCUGAAGGAGGUUCUAUCGAUUGAUAUCGACGAGUGAUAAGCGGGUCCGUUCUUCCCGUCUGUGCUCUCGUUGCACCUGCUCGAAUGCGUUGCGACGCCCGAAUGUCGCGCAGAUCGGAACGUUAGGAGAGAGCGAUCUCAGGGAGGAAUGACAGAACGCACGGAUAUCGCGAACCACCUGUGAACCACGGCUGGGGACACGUAUCAAGACAGCGAUGAUCUUUGAGGAUUACGGAUGUAAUCUGUGCAUCUGUGUUUGUGAUUUCCAUAUUGAUAACUGUGUGACAUUGUUUGUAAAGCGCGCGACGGACUGUGUAAUCGUGUGACAGUUAUAUACGAAAGUGUCCCGCAGGGAUAAUCGAGAGCACAGCUGACGUCGAUAUCAAGUAGAGUAAGCUAACUCGCUACUGACAGAUUGAUGACUAAUUGGAGGGUCAAGGAUAACAAACAUGAAAUACUUGAAAAUUGCGUUAUUUACGUUUAAUCUAUUAAUAUGGCUGGCUGGCUGCAUGGUGCUCGUUAUAGGCGCCUGGUUGCUCCUGGAGCCCAGCAAGGGGCACAUCCUCAAUCUUUUCGUAUCUGACGUGAAGCCGCACGAAACUAUUAAUCUGAUAGCUUAUAGCCUUCUCGGGCUCGGUUUUAUCGUGCUUACGGUCGGCUUCUUCGGCUGUCGCGCCGCGCUACGCGGAAAUCAAUGCAUCCUCGCCACCUACAUGAGCAUGCUGGUUGCGCUCAUCGUCACGGAACUGGUGACGGCGGCCAUCGGUGGGUUGAUGACUUUCCAGAUCUUGUCAGAUCUGGAGGAAAGGCUCACCAGCAAACUGGCAGUGAAUUAUGGUCACGAUUCGACCAGCGAUAUCCCCUUCAGCCACAGCUUGGAUUUUGCGCAGUAUAAGUUUAAUUGCUGUGGAAUCCAUGGCGACGACGAUUACAAUGGUACGGCUUGGUGGAGAGACGGUCAUUUUUCGGGAAACAGGAGGCAGGUUCCCCUCACAUGUUGUGUUCUCAAAAAUUCCGAGAAUAAGAAUACAGGCAGUCCGAUGAGCGUUGUUUCGAGAGUGUUUCACAAAAAUGUGAGUAAAAUAUCGAUGAAAAUAUAUAUAUAUAUAUAUAUAUAUUUGAUCUUACAACUGGGGUCACGUAUCGUGUUAUAUUUGCAGAUUGAUGACUAA